AUGAAGAAGAAAAGAAAAGGAGGUAAUAUUGGACUCAAGUUAGACAUAUCACAAGCCUAUGACUCUGUGAGCUGGAAAUUUAUAUUCCAAGUUCUAAUCAAAUAUGGUUCAGUCACUUGGUGUCAAUGGUUGAGUACUUUAUUUGAAUCUGCAAAAGUCUCAGUAAUGAUAAAUGGUGGUCCUAAUGGCUUCUUCUCAGUUGGUAGAGGAUUAAGACAAGGAGAUCCACUAUCUCCAAUUCUUUUUGUGCUAAUGGAAGAUGUUCUUAGUAUAAAUAUUUCCAAAUUGUUAGCUGAAGGCAAGAUAACUCCAAUGGUAAUAAGAAAUGGAAUUCAUCCUUCUCACAUGUUAUUUGUUUAUGAUGUGUUCAUAUUAUGUAAUGGUGCAAAGAAAAACAUUCAAAAUCUGAUGAAGCUUCUAGAAGAUUAUCAGAAAAGUUCAGGUCAAAUGAUUAAUAAAAGUAAAAGCAAGCUCUUUGUGGAUGGAACGACAGCUGCAAGGACUAUGCAAAUUAAAGAAUUAAUGGAAAUGGAAGUAAUUUCUUUACCUGUACUCGGUAGUAUACCAAUCUAUAGCAUGUCAGUGUAUAUGUGGCCACAAUUAGUAAUCAAAAUAUGUGAGAGGAUAAUCAGGAAUUUUUUAUGGUCUGGAAAUGGAGAGACUAGAAAGUUUAAAACUCUCUCAUGGAAGAAGACUCUGUCUGAAAUUGGUACUGGAAAUGAUAACCUAAUUUGGAAAGGUAACAUCGAAGGUAACUUUGCAACUUCCUCUGCCAUAAAUCUAAUCAGAAAUAAAGAACAACAUUUGCAUUGUUACAAGAAAAUUUGGAAUUCAUAUCUUCAUCCUUCUAUAGCAAGCAACAUUUGGAAACUUGUUCAGGGGAUAUAUGCAGAUGAUACUAUACUGGUUGAAAGAGGGUUUGAACUUGCUUCUAGAUGGUGCAUUUGUGAAUAA